CUCAUCAUUCGAUGCGGACUUGUCGCCGAACGUUGGGCAUCCGUCUUGAACUUCCUACGGAGAAUAAACAAACUGCCAUGCCGUCCCUAAUACAGUCGGCACGAUGCAUAGUCUCCAGAAGCCAACUGUGUCCUUCACAGCUUCCAAUUCUCGAUUUCCUCGCUCCCAGCGCACUUAGCAUCCGUCAGCCAUCCCGACUCCACUCCACAAUUCCUCCCUCCGCAGAACCCAGCAAUCCACCAUCACGCCAAAAUGCGGAGAAGAGUAAUAAACCCCCACGGCGCCCUCUCACCGAAGCCCAAAAAGACUUCCUCGACAGCGCUCUCCGCGUCAACCAGGCAGGCGAACUGGCCGCAACCCUCAUUUACACCGCACAAACACCCCCCAUCGUCCGCGCACAUCCACACCUCCGUCCGCUCAUGAAACACAUGUAUGACCAGGAAGCUGGCCAUUUCGAUUACUUCAACAAACUCCUCGCCAAGCACCGCGUGCGGCCCACAGCCAUGUAUCCAAUCUGGCAAGCUGCCGCCACGGCUCUAGGCUGGGGCACUGCCAUCAUGGGCCGCGAAGCAGCAAUGGCGUGUACGGAGGCUGUGGAAACGGAGAUUGGAGAGCAUUACAAUGAGCAACUUCGCGUGUUAUUGGACUGGGCGGAAAAGCUGGAGAAGUCCGGGGAGGGCGUCAGUGAGGAGUUUGCGGUGCUGAUUAAGGAGUUGAGGAGGAUCAGGGACGAGGAGUUGGAGCAUUUGGAUCAUGCGGUGGAGCAUGACGCUAAGGAGGCGAAGCCGUAUGAGUUGUUGACGAAUGUUAUAAGAGGAGGUUGUAGGACGGCCAUCUGGAUAUCGGAGAGAGUGUGAUGAGGUUGAUGGAGGGUAUCGGCGAUGAAAGGUAACCAAUAUAAGCGCGAUGAAAGGUAACCAAUAUGAGCCUGAUCUCGGAUGGAAGAGCAGCAGUAGAGUUGAGCAUGGCAAUCAGCGUUGUAUUAGUAUCUUGUAAACAGGAUGUGGAUGCAUCGUGCUCCUGCACAUCAGCAUUUCAAUAUGAACGAUAACAAUCAAUACAGUUUUCUCAUUUC